CAACAAACAAGCAAACAAGCAAACCAAAGUUUGAUCAAGGAAACGGAUGAAUGGAAUGGGAAACAUAUCGUUCAAUUUGAGGAGAAAAUUCAUCCUUCAAAAUUGUGUGUUGAUUGCAAUGGAUAUAUCAUCAUAUCCUGGUUUGUCUUCAUCCGAACAAUGGCUAUUCAUGCGAAUGUGAGUCUUAUCUGAAUAAUUGUUUGGAAAUUGACAAUCAUAUCAUUGUCACAGUGGCGCUACUCACUACAGACAAUUUACAAUUUUAUAUUCUUUCAGUCCAUCCAUCUAUUCUUAUUGACUUUGUUCAGCAGUCAAUUUGUUCACCGAAAAUGUCAUGUAUCUUCAUUAUGAAAAUUGCAAUCAAUUUUCUCUCAUUCGAAGCUUAGUUUUGGUGUAUGCAUUGGUUUGAUGUAAUAAUUCUAAUGUGUUACAGAGUUAGAAGUUUAGCAAAAUGGUCGCUUUAUAUUGGUGGCUGUGAGAUGAAAACGGAAUCCUAUAAAAUGUAAACGAAACAUACGAUUCACAUCCAUUCCAUUUGUUCAAUUCGUUCAUGUUGAUGUUCACUACACACACGCACACAUAGAAAGGAAAAUGUCGCCAACAAUUAAAUUAUCACUUACCAUUGUGGUCACCUGUUAUCUUCAUCUAAUCAUCAAUAAUUAUCCAUUGAUCAAUGCAUCCGAUAUGAUGAGCGGGGCAAAUUAUUAUCCCUAUGAAUCAAAUCAAUGGCAUCUUGAUUAUUAUCCAUACGGUGGUCGUGAAUCGAAUGGAAGAUUACUCACCGAAUCCGAACAGAAUGAUAAUUUCAUCGAUUAUAACGCUGGUUUCAAUGCUGGUGGUGGUGGCCGAAAUAAACGUGGUGAUGAAACAUUCAGCACCGAUGGUGGUGGUAAAAGUAUUUCCAACAUUCGAAAACCGCUUCUUUUCAAACGAGCCACAACCAAUGUACGAAAACCACUUUUAUUCAAACGAUUCAUUGCUGAUUUCAAUAAAAUUGAUUACUCCAACAAUCAUAAACUAUUCGAUAAGAUCACUGGUGAUAAUGAUAAGGAUGAUGUUGAUGUCCAUGAUGAGCAAUUUUUUCAGCAUUUAUUCUCCAAUACCAACAAUCGUCUCGCUUAUUGAAAUUGAUCAUUCAUUUUUUUUAUGUAAAUUUGUUUCGUUCGUUUUCGUCUUUUUUUCCAAAAUUCAUUUUAUUUUAUUUUUUAUUUAUUAUCACUGAUCACUGAAACUUUAAUUGAUCGCGAUUGAUUCUUUUUUGAGUUGAAUUAAAAAAUCAUCAUUAUAUCCAUUUAAACAUUAAAUUAAUUGAAUAAAGUAUACUGAAUCUGG